UAGCCAUUUUGGUGUAAUAAUAAAAAAAAAAUGUCUACCUUGUCAGCUUAUAAUUAAAUUUGGCAGGAGAGAGGUCAUAUUGUUGACAUAUUUACGUUUUACACAUCAAAGUCUAAUGUCAAAAUUGACGUCAAUUUUUGUCAACUCCUGUCAAUUUCCAAUAAAAAUACAUCCAAUACAUCAAUUUUUCCUGGUACAUAUUUCUGAGCUGAGACGUAGUAGCAUUAAUAAAGAAUUAAAUUAAAUUAAAUUACUGCUAAAAAUAAAUAAAGAUAUUAAUGAUGGAUGAUGAUGAUCAGUAUCAGGCUGGUUAUGAUGUUGGUUCAUUUCCACAAGAUUUUGGAUAUACACCAUUUGAUGGUGAGGGUGAUAGUUCAACUGGUCUUUUAGCUGGUGAACAAAAACCAAGAAUAUUAUUAAUGGGACUUCGUAGAAGUGGUAAAUCAUCAAUUCAAAAAGUUGUUUUUCAUAAAAUGUCACCAAAUGAAACUCUCUUUCUUGAGAGUACAAAUAAAAUAAUAAAAGAUGAUAUCAGUAAUUCAAGCUUUGUUCAAUUUCAAAUAUGGGAUUUUCCUGGACAAAUUGAUUUUUUUGAUCCAACAUUUGACAGUGAUAUGAUAUUUGGUGGAUGUGGAGCAUUGGUAUUUGUUAUUGAUGCUCAAGAUGAUUAUAUGGAAGCACUUAAUAAACUUCAUUUAACUGUUACAAAAGCAUAUAAAGUUAAUCAGGCAAUUAAAUUUGAAGUAUUUAUACAUAAAGUUGAUGGUUUAUCUGAUGAUUAUAAAAUGGAAACACAAAGAGAUAUUCAUACUCGUGCUAAUGAUGAUUUAGCUGAUUCAAAUUUUGAUCAAAUACAUUUGAGUUUUCAUCUUACAUCAAUUUAUGAUCACAGUAUUUUUGAAGCAUUCAGUAAAGUUGUACAAAAACUUAUUCCACAAUUGCCAACACUUGAAAAUUUAUUAAAUAUUCUUAUAUCAAAUUCAGCAAUUGAAAAAGCUUUUCUUUUUGAUGUUGUUUCGAAAAUUUAUAUUGCAACUGAUAGUUCACCAGUGGACAUGCAAAGUUAUGAGCUUUGUUGUGAUAUGAUUGAUGUUGUCAUUGAUGUCUCAUGUAUCUAUGGACUAAGAGAAGAGCUUGCAACAACAUCUGACAAAGCUGCUUUUGAUGAUCAAAGUUCUAGUUUGAUAAAAUUAAAUAAUGGAACAAUUCUUUAUCUUCGUGAAGUCAACAAGUUUUUAGCACUUGUUUGUAUUUUACGUGAGGACAACUUUGAUAGACAAGGUGUUAUUGAUUAUAAUUUUCUUUGCUUUAGAAAUGCAAUACAACAAGUAUUUGAAUUACGUAAUAAAACAGCAAGUACUAAUAAUCAUUCACCAUCAUUGAGUAUCAAUGAAACGACAAAUAGUGUUCCUGGUAAUCAAUCUGGUAGUAUUGGUCAAAAUGGAAGUACUGUUCUUGCACAGAGUUAAUUUUAAUUUAAUAAUUCAUUGUCUUUUUUAAAAUCUAUUACAGAAUAUAUUUGUGUAUAUAAUA